AAUCUUGCAGUUUCACAAAGGGUGGCUCAACUGGUUCGCACAAAGAAAAAGUUAAAAGACACAUUUUGCAGGCCUAUACCACUGGCCUACAGAAUUCGUACUUGUACAUGCAUACAUUACAUACAUAUAGAAAACGCAAUUACGUAAUUGAGAUUAAUUUUAUUAGGAAUCGUAUUACAUUACAAGAUUAUUAUGUAACUAUUAAUGUCCGCAAGAAGACCUUUAAAAUAUGAGACUGGUUUAAUUUUUUAGGAGUAUUUAUGUAAUAUAAACCCUUAAUUUUUUUCAAACGCAUACAUAAAAAUAACUCAAUCUUUUAUUUGAUAUCCCGAAUGAAUGAAUGAAAUGAGUCAGUAAAAGUGUCAGUGAUAAUGAUUUACUUAGCGAUUAUUCCUGGUGUGAAAAUGACUACGUGACACUUCAUACUGCCGCAACGAGUAGUUAGUUUAAUACAAGAGUUCAUCAGUUAAUAAACUUGGUUAAUUUUGGAUAUCUACCAAAUGAGAUUAAAAUGAAUCAAGAGAAAGUGUACGACGUGAUCAUCGUUGGGGCUGGAAUUGCGGGUUUGAGUGCGGCCAAUUUUUUACACAAGCGAGGAAUUAGUGAUAUUCUUAUCUUAGAAGCCAAAUCCAGACCUGGAGGAAGGAUUGAGACGCUGACAUUGCCUGGAGAAAAAAUAGAACUUGGGGCCCAAUGGAUUCACGGAGAAGAUAACAAGCUAUGCAGACUGGUCAAGGCGUCAGGUCACCGACACCACACCACUUCAUGGGAAGGGAGAGGUGACUUUCUCCUCCCCGAUGGAACCAAAGUAGGGUCAGAAGCUGUUUCAGAAAUCUUGGACUGGUUGGAAAACACGAUCGGCUAUGUGGAGGAGGCUUACUGCAUAGAAGAGCUGCAAAGUAGUCCAGGCCAGUACUCCAAGUCGACGUUUGCCUCCAUGGGAAAGUUUUUAAAGGACAGAUUUCGGAAAUAUUUGCGAGAUUCGGCCGGAGUUUGUACGGGUUCGGUAGAGUAUGAGUUGAAGAUGGCUCUCUUUCAAUGGGGGAUGAGUUUUCAACGAAUCGACAACUCAUGCAAUCAAAUGACAGAUCUGAGUCUGUUUCGCUGGUCAGAAUUUCAAGUCAAUCCUGGCGAACAUUACAACAAUUUUAAGUUUGGGGGGUCCAAGUUCGUGGAGGAGGUUUUAGUUGGACAACUUCCACAUGGAGUGUUAAAGCUUAAUUGUCCCGUGGGAAACAUUGCGUGGGGAGAAAGUGGCAAAGAUGCGAGUAUUGUUCGACUUAGAAAUGGUGAACGAUUUCAUGCAAAAAUUGUUCUAGUAACUUGCUCUAUCGGUGUCCUUCAAUAUAAUCAGGAAACAUUGUUUACUCCACGACUCCCUCAAAAUCUUCAAAAUGCCAUCAAUGCCACCGGAUUUGGUCCCAUUGCCAAAAUAUUCCUGACUUGGUCCAAACCGUGGUGGCCCUCGAGUUGCGAGGGAUUUCAAUUUCUGUGGCCAUCCCAGUUUGUAAACUGUUGUGACGACACUUAUGGUGGAAAGAGCUUAACGGACCAAGCACUGAGGCAGCGAUGGUUUAAAUCCAUUACAGGAUUUGACCCUGUUUUGGACUCGCCCUGCACUCUGGUUGCAUGGUUGGGUGGACCAGAGUCUGAGUUUGUGGAAAAGGGUAUCACGGAGGGGGAAGUGGGGGUGGAAUGUGCCAGAGUUUUGAAGGCGUUUACACGGUAUGAUGUACCAGCGCCGGAGAAAGUUGUGAUUACGAAAUGGAAUUCUGACGAGUUUGUCAGGGGUGCGUACUGUUAUCGUUCCACCGAAGGAGAUAAAGUUCAUGGAGACAUUACUGCAAUCUUGUCCAGACCAGUGAUGGUGAAAGUGGAAGGAAAUGAAAAACCCGUCAUUCUGCUGGCUGGCGAAGCCUUGAGUAAAACGCAUUAUUCUACAAUUCAUGGAGCGUAUGAAUCCGGAGAAUCUCAAGCUAUGAAAAUAGUAGACUUUCUUCAUUGUAGCAAGUCAACAGCCAAGAACAAUUGUGCCAUGUCCACUGCCAAUACUCAAAAAAUGCGGAAUAGCAAUAGUGGUACGUUGACUGAGAUGAUGGAAAUUACUGAAAUCGGCCAACUUGCAACUGAGCUUGCGUGCCAAUUUUCUAAUCAGGUCAAUAUUCAAUCGUAAGAGUCGCAACUAGUAUAAAACCAGACAACUUUUUAUGAUUAUUGUGACCAUAUUUUUCCCUUUUAAUAGAAGACAAGUAUUUAAAUGAAAAUAUAAAUAAAUUACGAUUCAAUAUUACUACAAAAUUAA